CAUCACAGGGCGGGGCGCUCGCCUCGUAAGGCAGAGAAGCUGGGGGCGGCGGAGCUCACUCGAGAUUUUUGAGUCGCACUGAGUCACUUCUCCUAUGGUGAUCCCCUCCCUGCCAAUCAUGUUCCUGAGGAGCAGAGCCUCGAGUCUCCUCCGCGCGCAAGUCCAUUGCGUCCUGACGAGAUCUGUCCACUCUGUGGCUAUAGUCGGAGCCCCUUUCUCUCAGGGACAGAAAAAGAAAGGAGUGGAAUAUGGUCCAGCUGCCAUUAGAGAAGCGGGCUUGCUGAAGAGGCUCUCCCUACUGGGAUGCCACCUAAAAGACUUCGGAGAUCUGAGUUUUACUAAAGUCCCCAAAGAUGAUCCGUACAAUAAUCUGGUAGUGUAUCCUCGCUCAGUGGGCCUUGCCAACCAGGAACUGUCUGAGGUGGUUAGUAGAGCUGUGUCAGGUGGUUACAGCUGUGUCACCAUAGGAGGUGACCACAGCCUGGCAAUAGGUACCAUUAGCGGCCACGCCCAGCACCGCCCAGAUCUCUGUGUCAUCUGGGUUGAUGCUCAUGCCGACAUUAAUACACCCCUCACCACUGUAUCUGGAAAUAUCCAUGGACAGCCACUUUCCUUUCUUGUUAGAGAACUACAAGACAAGGUACCACAACUGCCAGGCUUUUCCUGGGUCAAACCCUGUCUCUCUUCCCCAAGUAUUGUGUACAUUGGCCUAAGAGAUGUGGACCCUCCUGAACAUUUUAUUUUAAAGAACUAUGACAUCCAGUAUUUCUCCAUGAGAGACAUUGAUCGACUUGGUAUCCAGAAGGUCAUGGAACAGACAUUUGAUCUGCUGAUUGGCAAAAGACAGAGGCCAAUCCACCUGAGUUUUGAUAUUGAUGCAUUUGACCCUAAACUGGCACCAGCCACAGGAACCCCUGUUGUAGGAGGAAUAACUUAUAGAGAAGGAAUGUAUAUUACUGAAGAAAUACAUAAAACAGGGUUGCUGUCAGCUCUGGAUCUUGUUGAAGUCAAUCCUCACUUGGCCACUUCAGAGGAAGAGGCCAAGGCCACAGCCAGCCUAGCGGUGGACGUGAUUGCUUCAAGUUUCGGGCAGACAAGAGAAGGAGGACAUACUGUCUAUGACCACCUUCCUACUCCUAGCUCACCAGAUGAAUCGGAAAAUGAAGAACGUGUGAGAAUUUAGGAACUACUGUAAACUGCACCUUUCACCACAGCACUCAGAGUUGCAAGGCAGUGAAGGGGACAAGUAUUAAGUAGCUGUCUGGAGCAAUAUUGCCUUAAUGAGAACAUCUGUGCAUUCACAGCUGUAAAAUUCCCCUUCUCUAUUUGGUGACCAAUACUACUACUGUAAAUGUAUUUGGGUUUUUUGUUUGUUUAUAAGAUAUUAAUGUUAUACGUGUAAAUCUGAAGGAGUCAUAAACAGCAUUUAUUACCUUAGUA